AAAUAUCGAAACAAAAACCCUAACCCUCUGUUCUCCAUAGCCACAGACGGAGCGCAGAGCAGCCAGAGAGGGAGAGAGGAAGAGGGUCGCAGAGAAAAUGGUGACCUACAAAUUUCAUCAGUACCAGGUGGUGGGCAGAGCUCUGCCAACAGAGAACGAUGAGCACCCAAAGAUCUACCGCAUGAAGCUUUGGGCAACCAAUGAGGUUCGUGCCAAAUCCAAGUUCUGGUACUACUUGAGAAAGUUGAAGAAGGUGAAGAAGAGUAAUGGGCAGAUGCUGGCUAUUAAUGAGAUCUUUGAGAAGAAUCCAACUAAGAUCAAGAACUACGGUAUAUGGCUGCGUUAUCAGAGUAGAACUGGGUACCACAACAUGUACAAGGAGUACCGGGAUACCACUUUGAAUGGAGCUGUGGAACAGAUGUACACUGAGAUGGCUUCACGUCACAGGGUCCGACAUCACUGCAUCCAAAUCAUCAAGACAGCCACUAUUCCAGCUAAGCUGUGUAAGAGGGAGAGCACCAAGCAGUUCCAUGACUCCAAAAUCAAGUUCCCAUUGGUGUUCAAGAAAGUCAGACCACCUAGUAGGAAACUCAAGACAACAUACAAGGCUACCAGACCCAACUUGUUCAUGUAACAUGUUAGGUCAUAAGUCAAUUGAGAAGCAACUAAAUUUAUGCAAAUUUUGUUGCACUAGUUGGCCAGUUUGGCAUUCAACAAAACCUUUGUGUCUUUUCCUUUUAUUAUAAUUCUAGCCUUCUAGUUAUCAGACAGUCUCUUACUUCUGAGUCCUAAAAAUUGUUUGCUUCGACAGUUUCAGUUAGAGUUCUAUGUGUUCUCUCAAGGUUGGUUUUGUCAUUUUGUUGUCAUGAUUUUGUUAUAGUAUUAUGAUGAUGUCAUCAACUUGAUGCAUAGAGUUGGUUAGUAUGCCACCACUUUCCUGAUGAACAGAUUGUGGUAUCGGUAAAGCUGAUGCCAACAGUAGUAUCAUAGUAAGCAGGAAAAGAUCUAAUGUGACCAUUAUCAUGGAAUAAACAAAAGAUUCUGUAUCAGUGAAGUUGAAGCCAUUGUUUUUC